CGCCUCCAGUUGCCUUUGACGUUCUGCGCGGCGCGGCAGGAGCAGCUCGGAGCCCGGCUCCUCGUCCGCCCCGUCCAGCCCAGCCCGGCGCAGCGCCGCGAUGGGGCCGGCCGCCCUGGCCCCCCUGGUGCUGCUCUCGCUCCUGCAGCCCAGCCCCGCGCAGAACCCCACGGCAGCCCCCGCCGGCAACCACUCCAGGCCUGUCUUCCUCUGCGGGGGCGACUACACCGGCGACACCGGCUACAUCGCCAGCGAGGGCUUCCCCAGCCACUAUCCCGCCAGCAAGAGAUGCACCUGGACCAUUACGGUGCCAGAGGGCCAGGUGGUGAUGCUGUCCUUCAGGGUGUUCGACGUGGAGCCAGACCCUGUUUGUCGCUAUGACUACCUGGAUGUGUACAAUGGGCACCUGGCAGCAGAGGGGCAGCGCCUGGGCCGUUUCUGUGGCACCUUCCGCCCAGGAGCCAUCCUCUCCACCAGCAACCGCAUGAUGCUGCAGAUGGUGUCGGAUGAGGGGACCGCCGGGCGAGGUUUCCUGGUGUGGUACAGUGGGGGACUUCCUCAUGUCAAUGAGAACCAGUUCUGUGGCGGAAAACUGGAGAAGCCCCAGGGCACCCUCAAAACCCCCAACUGGCCUGAGAGUGACUAUCCCCCUGGCAUCAGUUGCUCCUGGCACGUCAUUGCCCCCAAGGACAAGGUGAUUGCAUUGACCUUUGGGAAAUUUGAUGUGGAGCCGGACACAUACUGCCGCUAUGACUACGUUGCAGUUUUCAAUGGGGGUGACCAGGACGACUCGCGGCGAAUUGGCAAGUUCUGUGGGGACGCUUCCCCCAGCCCGGUCUACUCUGACGGCAACGAGCUGCUGGUCCAGUUUGUCUCGGAUCUCAGUGUCACGGCUGACGGCUUCUCUGCUUCUUACUCGGUGCACAGCCGCAACGAGCUGGAGGACAAAGCGGUUUCCAGGCCCCCAAGCCGCGUCUUCCCAGGCACCCGGCCAACUCAGCCGGGAAGCAAACCUGUCCCAUCAAAGCCCAAACCUGCCAGCAAGCCGGCAGGGCCUCCCAAACCGGCAUCAGUCCCAAAGCCGAAACCUCAACCUGGCGCUGCGGUGCCCACAGCAACAAGCCCCAGCGACAUCGCGUGCCCUCAGAGAUGCCGCCGGACAGGAACUCUCCAGAGCAAUUUCUGCGCCAGUGAUUUUGUGCUCACAGGCACCGUGAAAACGGCCGUGCGAGGCGCCGGGGACAGAGUCACUGCCACCGUGACACUCAUCAACACGUACAAGGCGGGUGCCCUUAGCCUCCCUCCCACAGGAAGCGAUGCCACCCUCCGCCUGGAAGUGCCCUGCAGGCAGUGCCCCAUCUUCAAGAAAGGCGGCAGCUACAUCUUCAUGGGCAAGGUGGAUGCCGAUGGAGUGGGGCUCCUUCUGCCCAGCAGCUUUGUGAGUCCUUUCCGACAGCAGCAGCAGCACCAGAUCCUCACCAACAUCAGCAAACGCCCUUGUGCUGCCCCUGCGGCCAGGAACCGGACCUGAGCUCGCCUUUCCGUUGGGCCUGCUGGCCUGCCAACUUCCGGACACAGCAGCCCUGAAGAGGGGCUUCUGGCACCCACGCCCAGCUGGAGCCGCCUCACUAUAUCCAAUAAAAGGGGGAGGCCCUGCUGCCCACUCCUUGUGCUCA